UACAACUAUAAUUUCGGGCACAUACCCACCACGUUAAGCAAUUUGCUCUUCUCAUUUUCAUCUUCUUCUUCUUCUUCCUCAUCUCUAAGAUUUCUCCAUUUCCAUUUCCAUUCCCAAAGAAUCAUGAGUUACCCUUACGGCUACCACCAGCCUCCGCCGGAAACCUACCCUCCUCCCGGGUACCCUCCACCGCAGCCUGGAUAUCCCGGCCAUCAGCCACCGCCACCUCCGCCGCACCAAGGCUAUCAAGGGUAUUUCUAUGAUGGGUAUCAGCCAUCGGCGCCGCCUCCUCCUCCUCCACCGCCUUAUCAUCAUCAGCACUAUCACUACGAUGAUCGAAAUGAUUGUUCCUCAUUCCUUCAUGGAUGCUUAGCCACACUUUGUUGUUGUUGUAUGUUGGAGGAGUGCUUGGCCUGCUUCCGGUAGACAGUUGCAAAAUCGGUGUUCUUUUUCAAUCUAUUCAGCCGUGCUGUGUUCGUGUCUUCUAUUCUGCUGUGUUCAUGUCUUCUAUUAUGAAUCGACGCCUGUUUUUGCAUCACUUGGAACAAGAUUUGUUUGUUUCUGGUUUGUGUGAUUGUAAACCAUCUGUAUUGUUUGAUAUCUAAACGCUCCUAUUUACUUUUAUACAUACCUAAAUAAAUAAUAGUUAAUACUAGUAGACUUGAAAUCCCUAUUUUUGUCA